AUAACAAACCACAACAUUAAACCACACACACACAUCAUCAUCAUAUAGAGACGAACGAACGAACCAGAAAAAAGAAGAAGAAAAUGGAAUGCAGAAAACACAACCACCAUGGAAGCAAAGGAGUUUGCCCAACUUGUUUACGAGAUAAACUCUCUCGGUUACCUAACACGACGUCGUACUACAUCGUUCAUCGAUCCGAUGAUCGAUCUACUUCCUCAACAACCGUUUCGUCUUCUCCGUCGUCACCGGCGGUGAAAGAUCAUCAUCGGAGAGCUGGUUCGAUGUCUAUGUCUUUCGCUGUGAGGGAAGCGUUGAGUGGUAAUCUAAUCGAAGCUUUAGGUGGAGGAGGGUUGAAGAAAAGCAGAUCUAUGGCGCAUGUUCCCAGGGAUUAUAAUAAUAAUACUGUUAGGGAUUCGACGACGAAGAAGAAGACGAUCAAGGAGAAGUUGAAAUCUACGACGGUUAAGAAGACUGGGUUUUGGACUAAGUUGCUUCAUCUCAAAGGCAAAGGCGUUGCUGCUUCCGCCGCCACCGACGUCGUCGGUGGAUUGGUUUCUUCACGUCAACGAGUUUAUUAAAUGACCCCCCAAUUUUAGUCUUUUUUUUUCUUUCUGAAAUUUUAUUUUUGAUGUGUACAGUUUACAGAUAAAGAAAGUGAAAUGGUGGAAAAUUUAAUGAAAGUGAUUUUCUGAUAAUACGUAGAAAUAAUAUACAUUCGUAUUACAAA